AAAUUAGGGUAAAAGUAGAAACUCCCUCCCUCUUGGGGGGGAGGAGAAAAGGGCAGUGGUUUCUGUCUAUCUCCUCUCAUUGUUUCUGUUUCUUCUUCUCGUUGCUCUGAGCCUCUGGAUUUGGGAGGCAGAAGAAGAAGAGAUUUCUCGCACUUGGAGGGGAGAGAGGGGAAUGGCCGGAAGAAAUGCGGAGAAGGAACUCCUGAGUCUCUUUGAGGAGGCGAAGAAGGCUGCCGAUCUGGCCGCGACCGGCGGCUCGUCGGUGGAGGCCAACGAGGUCCGCUGCCUGGAUGCCCUCCGCCUCCUCCGUGAUUUUCCUGUUUCCAUGUCCAUCCUUAUCUCCACUCAGGUGGGAAAGCGCCUUCGUAUUCUGACAAAACAUCCUAGACCGAAGAUCCAAUCUAAAGCUUCAGAUUUGAUUGACCUGUGGAAAAAUGUAGUUAUAGAGGAAACAGGGAAAAAUAAUAAGAAAAACAACGGGUCAGAAGCUAAGAAUCCAGCCAAGGUUGAUGUCAAGAUUGAAAAGGUAGAAAUGAAGGUGGAAAAUGGGAAGCCUGAGGCGGUGAAGUCUGAUAGGCUUCCAAAGCCAGAACCUGUCAAGGUGGAGAAGACACGACAAGGGGAACAUGCCAAAGUUGAAAAAGUUGCCAAGGAGGAGAAGGUACCAGUCAAUAACAAGAGACCAGGCUCUUCUUCCAUCGUCCCUCCUAAGCUGUCAGCUAUGGUGAAAUGCAAUGAUCCUCUGCGUGACAAGCUCCGCGAACUUCUUGCCGAGGCCUUUUCAAAGGUUUCAAGUGAAGCUGAUGAAGAUGUCAUCAAUGAGGUGAAUGCAUGUGAUCCUAUUCGAAUGGCUGUUACUGUAGAAUCUGUAAUGUUUGAGAAGUUAGGACGCUCCAAUGGUGCCCAAAAGUUCAAAUAUAGAUCCAUAAUGUUCAAUCUGAAGGAUGCCAACAAUCCGGAUUUGCGAAGAAAGGUCCUUCUUGGAGAAGUGAGGCCGGAAAAACUAGUCGCAAUGUCUCCAGAAGAAAUGGCUAGUGACAAAAGGAAACAAGAGAACAAGCAGAUCAAAGAGAAAGCACUCUUUGAUUGUGAGCGAGGAGGACCUGCAAAGGCGACAACUGAUCAGUUCAAAUGUGGGCGGUGCGGCCAGAGGAAGACAACCUACUAUCAGUUGCAAACACGGAGUGCAGAUGAGCCUAUGACCACAUUUGUAACAUGUGUAAAUUGCAACAACCAUUGGAAAUUUUGUUGAUUUAUUUACAAUUAAUUCGCAAGUCAUUGUUAACAGACUGAUCUUAAGAUGAGCUCUUUAAGUUAGUUCAUCCCCUUUUCAAAUCAAUCCUGACCUCCUUUUCGUUA